UGGGCCCAUUGUGGCCUAUAAAAGAGAUAGUCAGAGGGUGAAAAUCUUAGCCAACAAAAUAACAAAUCUAAUGAAAAGUCCACAUCUUAUAAAAGAAAUGAAGUCCAUCUUUGCUUUCUUCAUUCUAUUUUAUCUCUUUCUGGUUGCUGACCUCUCUUAUGCAAGUAAAGACUUGGGAGAUUAUUGGAAGAAUAUGAUGAAUGAUGAACCUAUGCCUGAAGCAAUCAAAGAACUUGUUCAAAAUCCAGAGGUAACAGAUGCUGGGAAAAAUAAUAACUUCAUUCUAGACUUUGAUGUAAGGCCUAAUGUCAUAUUGUAUCACACACAUGUUGAGUCUAAGAAACAACAUAUCUUGGUGAAAAACUCUGAACAAGAAGAGUUCCAUGGAGUUACAGAAAAACAUGGUUGAACCUAUAGAUAUAGAUGAUGUGUAUCUAAUAUAUUUUGUGAUAGAUGUGUUUUUGUUGAUGGUAUUGACCUUUUUUAUAUAUAAAAUCUAUAGAUGUAUUUUUAUGGUUAUGCUGUUUUUUGCUGCAUCUAUUUUUGGGUCUGAGAAUUUUUAUUAUAAUGAAUAGAUAUGAUGUAUCUAGUUUGGAUUGCUUUUCAUACAUUUGUAAUUAGUACUAGAUGCUUUUGCUCCCCAGAUUUCAUCUGUGUAGGAUGCACAAAAAGUCAAUAAGAUAUAUUUGAUGAACCUUGAAUGGUAGUAUUUGAUUAAUUUGAAAACACUUUAUCUUUA